UCUGCUACAGCGCUGGGAUCACCGCGUGCCAGAAGGGAGAGCAAUGGCAGCGAGCUCUGGUGCUACUGAGCGAGAUGUUGGAGGAGAAUAUGGAGCCCGACGUCAUCUGCUACAGUGCUGGGAUCAGUGCGUGCACCAAAGGCGAGCAGUGGGAGCUGGCUCUGGUGCUGCUCAGCGAGAUAUGGGAGGCGAAGCUGGAGCUCGAGGUCAUCUUCACCUACAACGCAGCGAUCAGCGCGUGCGAGAAGAGUAUGCAGUGGGAGCGGGCGCUGGCGCUGCUGAGCGAGAUGUCUGGGGCGAAGCUGGAGCCCGACGUCAUCAGCUACAACGCUGGGAUCAGCGCGUGUGACAAGAGCACGCAGUGGCAGCGGGCGCUGAUGCUGCUCAGCGAGAUGCUGGACGCGAAGCUGGAGCCCACCGCCAUCCUCAGCUACAGCGCUGGGAUCAGCGCGUGCGAGAAGGGCGGGCGGACCAUGGCCGCGAAGCUUGGGGCUGCUGGCUGAACGCAGCUUCGGCGCCGCGCUGCGAGAGCCUCGGGGCGAAGGUGAAGCCCGCAGUGAUAGCCGUAGAUCGUGCUGGGAGCGGCGCCUUGCGAGAAGGGGUGAGCAGCGGCAGCCGGCUGUGAUACUGCUCGGCGGGGUGUGAGGGGCGAGGCUGGAACCCAACGUAAUUCAGCUGAAGCGCAGGGGCCAGCGCGUGCGAGAGAAGUGGGCGGAAGGAGCAGGAGUUGUCGCUGCCGGACAGUCGAGGGGAGCCGCAGCUGGAGCCCACGUCCUGCACGCUCGAGCAGGAUGGUGAAUGGGAGCAGGCGUUCGCCAUGUCUCAGCAACUUGAUGCGGGGGCAGCCAGUUCAUUGCGUUGCAUCAAUGUCGACAUGACGUGUGAAAAUAUGUGACUUGGGUGUCGGGCACCUUCGCUCUGAGAGAUGCUGGUCGCGAGCCCCGAGUUUAAUUCUUGACGCUUCGCGCAUCCCCACCACUCGGGCGCUUCCGCCUGCGGCUCAGUCGCCAGGGGAAUUGUCCUGAUCAGGAAUGUGUAGCAGCAUGC